AUGGAAAUAAGAAACCAAACAAGAUACUUUCUCCUCCUGGGAUUCACAGAAGAGCCAGAUAUGCAGCCUCUCCUCUUUGGGUUGUUUCUGUCCAUGUACCUGACCACAUUCACUGGAAACUUGCUCAUUAUCUUGGCCAUUAUCUCAGACUCUCACCUCCACAUGCCAAUGUACUUCUUCCUCUCCAACCUGUCCUUUGCUGAUAUCUGUUUCACCUCCACUACCAUCCCAAAGAUGCUGAUGAAUAUACAGACACAGAGCAAAGUUAUCACCUAUGCAGGCUGCCUCAGCCAGGUAUUUUUUUUCUUUGUGUUUGGAUGCCUGGACAAUUUAAUCCUGACUGUGAUGGCCUAUGACCGCUUUGUAGCCAUCUGUCACCCCCUAUACUACACAGUCAUCAUGAACCCCCAGGUGUGUAGGAUGCUGGCUCUGGGGUCCUGGUGCAUCAGUGUCACAGGCUCCCUGCUUGAUACUUUGACCCUCUUGAGGCUGUCCUUCUGCAUGAACAUGAACAUUCCACACUUCUUUUGUGAUCUUCCUGAAGUCCUAAAGCUUGCCUGUUCAGACACCCUCAUCAAUAACAUAGUAGUAUAUUUUGUUGUUGUUGUUCUAGCUGUUUUUCCUCUCUCUGGGAUCCUCUUUUCUUAUUCUCAGAUUUUCUCCUCCAUCCUGAGAAUUUCAUCAUCCAAGGGCAAGCACAAAGCCUUUUCCACCUGUGGGUCUCACCUCUCAGUUGUUUCCUUGUUCUACGGCACAAGCCUUGGGGUCUACCUCAGUUCGGCAGCAACUUCAUCCUCUAGGACAAGUCUGGUGGCCUCGGUGAUGUACACCAUGAUCACCCCCAUGCUGAACCCCUUCAUCUACAGUCUGAGGAACAGGGACAUGAAGAGGGCCCUGGGAAGACUCCUCAGCAGAGUAGCAUCUCUCAGUGAUGGGGUCGUAGCAGGAUUCUCAUAA